AAAAAGGGGGACAUGUCCUACAGUUGAGAACUCGUGAAUAAUUUCUGGGCAUCAAAAGACACUGGAAACACUGGAAAAGUUAGAAUGACAGAAAAAAAAGCCAGAGAUGCCCAGUGGCAUCAUAAAUGUUUGAUCAGGAGUGCAGCAAAUUAAUAAAUCUUCUUUAUGAUGAUUUUUAAUAAGCCACAGAUCAAGGAUCACAGCAAAUUCACACAGGAGUUUAGUUUAUUAGCUUAUAGGUGUAUAAUAGCGGACAAUCAGGAUGAAUAUUAAAACAGAUGGAUGACAUAAUACAGUCAAUAGAAAUUUGUUUCAAACUUAUCUGAAUACCUAAUAUGCCUCAAAUAUCCACCAUUUUACUGUUUGGAGAAAUAAGAAAACAGAAAAAAGGCAUCAUUACAAGUUACAAGCUAUAAGAAAAAUCCCUGAUAUCAAGUAAAAUACAUCAUAGGCCGAUCUCACAUCAAUGCACUGAUUAAUUUAUAGACCAGUUUCAAGAGUGUAUGUACAACUUUAAAGGUCGCACAGGAUUGUGAGUGUGUGGAGGUUUUUUUUUUUGUUAGUAUGAUGCAUCAUUCUGGCAAAACCCCGUGACAGGGAAGGCAGUUGCAAUUGUCAAAUUAGAGCAAUAAAUGCUUCACCCACUGAUAGGAGCAACUGUGACCCAGAUUAAACCUCUGUGUCUGCACCACCAGCCCGUCCCUCGCCUCUUUGAUUUGAAACGACCCUGUUGGAGGGUGAGACAUGAGAAUCUGGGUGCGGCUUCACUGUUGUCAUGGUAGCAGAGUUUUCGCCGAGUGUGGUGUUGAAAGUCUCAGGCACUGAUAUUUUGCAGGCAUCAUGCAAAACAUUGCAAAGAAGAACACAGUGAUCUACAGUUUUUGGCAGAUUCUUUGUCUUUGUGCAUCUAUGUCAUAUAGAAUUACAGUGGAUAAAGUAGUGAUAUCCUCUCCAUCCAGCCAAAGUUCAGACAAACAGCCUACCAGCCUACCACAGCCUAGUUAUAAGGCAGUGGUGCUGAUUGGAUUCUUGUGAAAUACAAAGCUACAUGACAAACUUGCACAUUAUUGUCAAAAUCUUUUGUGGGAGCAGUUAUUUUAAUGCAAUGCAUGCCUAACCUUCAGACAACUCCACUAAACAAGACACUGACCAGAAAGCAGUGGUGCUGAUGAUUACUCGUCUUUUUAAUAUGUGAAAUAGGUUUACAUAAUCAAGUAGAAUAAAAAUUAAACAACAACAACAAAAAAAAGAAUUUACCUAAGAUAAUAAUGAUAAUGUUGAUUUACAGAGACCUUUGCUUGUCCUGACACCACUGGUUGCAUUUUUCUUGUUAGUCUCUCUGCUCUACUUUUGUUUUAUCAUAAUAUUUAGCCCAUUUUAUGGUGGUCUGUAAUUUUCCUAGAUUUUCCAGCUUUUCUUUUAUUUUACGUAAACAAAACUUUAGCUUAGUUUCCCAUCUGUCUCUUAUCAGCUCACUUACCUGUGCUCAGCUCCUCUAGCUACUACCCAGUAACAUUAAAUGUUAAGAAAACUACCUAUUCUGUUGCUAGAGUACAGCAAACAAAAGGCUUCAGUGCUUCCAAAAUGUUGUAGAAACAAUAUUAUUCCUUGAAACCCUUGCAGGAUGGCAUGUCUCCUAAAUAACAUAUGUGUUUUUAAAUGUUCAAGCCUUAAUAUAGUUAAUGCAGCAUUAGGGAGAUUACUGAAUUAAUCUUCUUUCCAUCUUUAAUAAUUCAUUGCCAUUAAUGUGAAAAAACACUGAUAAAAGCCAUGUUCAAAGCUGGCUGGUUAACUAAGACGGGCAUUGCGAACAGUGCCAUCUCGUGAUGAAAAACUGCUAUUGACACACAAAAGAAAAAGAAAAAAUAAAGGAGAAAAAAAAACAAUAAAAAGAUGAGAACCAUGCUGUAACCAUAUCAAAAAGGCACUCUCAGCAGUGUCUAAAAUCAAAACACAAAAUUAACCAUUUGGUGCUUAACAGUGCUAUUAAAGUAAUAAAGAAACAAAGAGAUCAUUUGGAAAAACAUAAAAGGUUUAAAUCUUAUCCAAGACAUUUAUGAGUGACACAUUUCCAGUUUUCAAAAAAUUGGUAUGAGGUAGUAUAAAACUUCCUUUAAAAGCAUUCAGAUUUGUGCUGAGGCAUUUUUAUCUCACUUCAUGCGCAUUCAAGGAUAAUGCUUGAGGAAAUAAUGAACACACUAUGAUAAUUAUUCUAUUAUGGUGUUAUGAUUUUGAAGGUGUUAUAAAAAUGCUGUAGGGUUCUGGGAAAUUUUAUAAACGAACCCAACUAACCCACCUUCCUCUAUCAACUAGGACAAAGACCGGGGUGUGCUUUGUUUUCCCUCUCCUUUAAUCUUGUGACAUAUUUUAUUUUAUUUGGUUGAUUAACUUUUCUCUUCUAUUUGGUUCAUAUUUAUUCUGUAUUUUGGUUUGUUUUUGACCCAUGCUGUCUUUAAUGAUUUAUGUUUUGAUAUGUCUGUAAAUAUUCGGUGUCAUAAUUAUAAAUCUACGUCAAACCAUUCAACUCUAUAUUCUUGAUCUUCCUUCAAAGCGCCUGGAGCCACUUGGUCUAAAGUGGACCAAGUGGCUCAAAUAUUUGUACAUUUGAGGCCGAUUAGAAUGAUGAUUUAAAAAGAUAAUAAAAUAAAAUAACAUAUUUGUAAUUUUUGAAAAUUAAACUUUUGCCAUGAUCAAUCAUUUUACUUUACAAUAGAAAACUCAUAUGCACAUCAUAUAUUUUAUAGCAAAACGAAAGCUAGCCGCCGUUGAAGGUCUCCUCACAAGGGACAUUUCCGAACUCUUCCCGAGGCACCUGAAUGCAACACUGUUCAGCGCCGAACCGCAGAUAGCUUGAUGCUAGCGCUCAGUUAUCGUUGGACACUAGCUGAAUCAAGAGAUUAAAGAAUGAAGACAGGCAUUACAAAUUGACAAUAGCUUCAAAACUACACGAGAAAACUUUUUAGGAUUUAUCUUUAAAGGAAGAGAAGCCAUGUUUCGCUGCAAGACUGCCUGGUUUUCGAGCAGUGUGCCGCAAGAUCGUCUUGACUUUUGGAUGGCGGAAGGUGGGACCAUCAUAGAUUGGAGGCAGGCAGACUACCUCUUCAGUGACGAUGCAACAUGUCCCGAUACGCUGAGGAUAUUUGAGAGCAACGAUUACAUAUCGAACAAGGUCACUGUUUUCCACAGCUUGUUCCUGUCCACCUGUGAAAAGCGGCAAAGUGUGAAAUCAGUGUGCAUCGGCCAUUAUGUGCUGUCUCCAGCUUCUGUGCAGGAUGAGGUGAGAGAAGUGGUUGGUAGGUUGAUUUGGGAACAUGAGGAUGAAGAAACCAUUGCGCAGGACGAACAAAAGUCUUUCUGCCUACCAGAUGUCCCUCACAGUGAGCAAGAUGCAAGAGAAAGCAUAUCUGAGGAAUCAGACAUAGACUCAUCAGAGGGCGAAGGUCACCUAUGUGACCAUUUAAGAAGCUCAGUUAGUUGUGAGGCCCCGGGUAAACUGUUUAACAUGCAGACAGACUGCUCUGUCCCUGCAGGGUACAUCAGCAUAGAGAACCUUCCGAAAUAUUCCGGUGAUCUGCAUGAUGUGCAUCCUGGAGUUUUCAGAUGUUCAAAGUGUAAAGCCUGCCUUUGUUUGGGGCAAAAGUAUGCCAAGACACACUAAGAAAGGGGGAAAAAAAUAAUAAUAAUUACAGAAACAAUGGCAGUCUCAUUUUGUAUUCCUGGUAUAUAAUAGCAUCUUUAAUUUGUCUGUGUUUAAUUUUGGUUUGUAACAUGAAGGCUGCCACAUAAUUUGUACCUCUGGUUUUUCAAUGAAAGAGUUGAUGCAGAUAUAUUUGUUUUUUCUGUAUUUGGAAUAAAAUAUGGAACAUUGUAGUGUUAUUGCACACCAACAUAUAUAUCCUGCAAGUAUUUGCUUAAUCCUAUUUAUGGUUUAUGUUUUUAUCUUUCCUUAAAAUGUUUAGCUGAAGUCCACAGAUUUAAUGUAAACUAUAACUUAAUGGUGAUACUAAAUACUGUAUUGUCAAACAUUGCAUGAAAAUGUUUGUACUUGCACAAAGAGUAAAGGUGGAUGCUUUUUUCUACUU